GGUAAUUUCCACUUUUCUACUUUGAUGUCUCACACUGGUUGGUAAUCGACUGUUUUAAGGUUCAAUAGAAGGCCCACGCCAUGAUUUGGUUCAGAGUGACUUGCUCAAUCCUCAGCUUCCGGAUGGCUUCCAUGCAGGAACCCUAAAGUUGAGCAGCAAGUCCAAAGAUCCGUUCAACCAGCCACAGCUGGUUUCCUGGUUGCUCUUUCGACCCGAUGCCGGCAGUUCUAUUUGUCAAAACCUCCUCUUCGUCAUAAGAAAAGCCGGAACCAUGGGAGGUGCGGGGAUAACCUUGGAUUUCAUCUCGCUUGCUCUCAAUUUAGCCAGAAGUCUGUGUCCGUUUUCGACCUCUUCUCCAAACUCUAAAAUGUCAUAAUUAUUAUAGUUGCUAUUUCCAACUAUUAGGCAAAGGUCAAGACCAGCUUGAUGCAGUUGUCGACCAUGCUUUCCUCCACUUGAGCACUGUCAAUAGAUACACUUGUAACGCUCUUUCAUCUUCCAGGGCAGGUCUGGGGCACACAACAUGGCUCAACGGGAGCCAGAUGACGGCCCAGCCUUGGAGAAAGGGAUCUGGGCCGCAAUGGUCAUUGCGGCAGUGAUUGUCACUCUAAGGGUCUUUGCUAAAGUGAAGAUCGGCCAAUUCCGCGUGGAUGACAUUCUGAUGAUCAUCGCCAUGCUUCUGGCCAUUGUCGCAACAGUAUUCUUGAGCUUGUCCGUGAAUCGCGGGUUUGGCAAGGACCUGACGACCCUUCCUAUCAAGGACAGCGGGGCUGUGUUGAAAAACAUCGCCAUCGAAAUCCCUAUUGUCACCAUGAGCACCACCAUCGCACGCUGCUCGUUCAUCCUAUACCUCCUCGCUAUCCUCGGCUCCAAUAAAACAUACAAAUUUGCAUUGUGGUUUAUUAUGAUUUGGCAGCUAUCGGGCAACAUCGUGUCUGCCGUGCUCCCUCUCAGCAUCUGCCGCAAUGUCAACAUUCUCUGGGAUCCCACCGUCAAGACGACCUGUGGAGACACUCAAGCAGUGAUCAAGUUCGCCUAUUACUCCAACACUGUGAAUUCAGCCACCGAUUUGUUUCUAGCCGUGUUUCCGAUUCCAAUCUUUUGGAAUCUCAAUCUCAAAACCCGCGUCAAGAUCGGCUUGAUCGUUCUCCUGAGCUUGGGCCUAGUGGCAAUGGUCGCGUCCGUCGUGAAAACCACCAAACUCAACCAAGUCCCCAGCAUCACCAAUCUCGGCGCCAGCGGCGGCGGCGAGCUCAUCCGCUGGGGCUACGUGGAAAACGCCAUCAUCAUCAUCACCUCGUCGAUCCCUUGCAUCCGCCCGCUCAUCAUGUCGUCCGUCAAGAAAUUCUCCAGUAACGGCUUCUCCCGCUCGUAUGAGUUGCGCAGCCCCUUCACAGGCAAUCGUCGCACGGGAAACAAUGAAACGGCACAGUCGCGUCGCAAGUUGGCUACGAACCAUGAUGUUGAGACCGGUAGCAUUGAGCGCAUACUUGAUCCUUAUACGCAUAACACAGUUGUUACUGGCCAUGGGGCGUCGUCGAGUCGGUCUGAGCAAGGAAUUACGAAGCAGGUCGAGUUGACGGUUUAUUCGAGUGAUGAUCAUGAAAGGAGUGUUUGA